GUACCUAUCAUCUGUUAGUCGCCCCGCCCCGGCACUGCGCGUUAUCUUAACACACACUGAUAUCACCAACCGGGCCGGUCACGGUCAGCUAAGUGGGGGGACGUCAUCGAACGUCACCCGGAUGCGCGCAGCUCUGCAGCCAAAUAUCGUGAUACUCGACUGUUGCUUUUGCCUGAGCGAUACCACCAUAUCUGCUGCCAUUGGAGAGCCUCGACAACGUGAAUUGCCCCAGAGAGAGACGUCCCAUACUCUCAAUUGCCUCUCCUCUGCUAACUAGCUCGUCGCCAACAAGGAAGCGUUGAAGCUUCACGCUUUAGCACCGGAACACUAAGAGGUCCUCAACUUCAUCCAAAACAGACGCCCCGGCUCCCGGCAUUUCCACAGCUCUAGCAGUAAACGAGCCGAGAGCUUCCUCUUCUACUUUACUUCUGCUUCUUCUUCUUCUUCUUCUUUCCAGCCCUCCUUCCACCCUACUUCAGCUCCCCAUCAUGCCCAUCGUACUACAAAAAGCAGUCGCCCCGGCGGCACGGUUCGUACCAAGGACCUUGUUUCGAUCUGUCCGGACACCGGUCAUCCCAAUUGCCCUCAGAGCCGCCUCCACCAUGGUUCCCAAGCUCAAAGACCCGUCACUGCUGAAGCAGGACGUCUGCUAUGUCGACGGCGAAUGGGUCAAGGCCAAGUCCGGCAAGACGUUUGAUGUGAACGACCCGGCCACCGGCGAGAAGAUCGCGUCGUGCCCCGAGUUCGCCAAGGCCGACACUGACGCGGCCAUCGCCGCCGCCGCCGCCGCGUUCGAGACCUUCCGCACCAAGACGGGCCGCGAGCGCUCCAAGCUGCUGCGCCGGUGGUACGACCUCAUGAUGGAGAACGCCGAAGACCUGACGACCCUCAUCACCUGGGAGAACGGCAAGCCCGUCGCCGACGCCAAGGGCGAGGUCACCUACGCGGCCAACUUCUUCGAGUGGUUCAGCGAGGAGGCGCCCCGCAUCUACGGCGACACCAUCCCCUCCUCCGUGCCCGGGAACCGCGUGUGGACCGUCAAGGAGCCCGUCGGCGUCUGCGGCCUCAUCACGCCAUGGAACUUCCCCGCCGCCAUGAUCACCCGCAAGAUCGGCCCCGCCCUCGCCGCCGGCUGCACCGUCGUCUGCAAGGCGCCCGGCGAGACCCCCUUCACCUCCCUCGCCAUCGCCGAGCUGGGCCACCGCGCCGGCGUGCCCAGGGGCGUCGUCAACGUCGUCACCGCCCUCGGCAACACCCCCGAGGUCGGCGCCGCCCUCACCGCCAGCCCGACCGUCAAGAAGAUCUCCUUCACGGGCUCCACCGGCGUCGGCAAGCUCCUCAUGGGCCAGUGCGCCGGCACCCUCAAGAAGCUGUCCAUGGAGCUGGGCGGCAACGCCCCCUUCAUCGUCUUCGACGACGCCGACGUCGACGCCGCCGUCGCCGGCGCCGUCGCCUCCAAGUUCCGCUCCUCGGGCCAGACGUGCGUCUGCGCCAACCGCAUCUACGUCCAGAGCGGCGUCUACGACGAGUUCGCCGACAAGUUCGCCGCAAAGGUCCGCGAGUUCGCCGUCGGCAACGGCUUCGCCGAGGGCACCACCCACGGGCCCCUCAUCCACGACCGCGCCGUCGACAAGGCCGAGGCCCACGUCCGCGACGCCGAGCGCAAGGGCGCCAGCGUCGUCGUCGGCGGCGGCAGGAUGGACGCCCUCGGCCGCAACUUCUACGAGCCCACCGUCGUCACCGGCAUGACCGCCGACAUGGCCAUGGCGAGCGAGGAGACCUUCGGCCCCGUCGCCGGCCUCUUCCGCUUCGACACCGAGGCCGAGGUCGUCGCGCUGGCCAACGCCACCAACGUCGGCCUCGCCGGCUACUUCUUCUCCCGCGACAUCCAGCGCGUGCACCGCGUAGCCGAGCACCUCGAGGUCGGCAUGGUCGGCGUCAACACCGGCCUCAUCUCCGACCCCGCCGCGCCCUUCGGCGGCGUCAAGGAGUCCGGCUUCGGCCGCGAGGGUUCCCUGUACGGUGUAUCCGAGUACCAGGUCACCAAGAUGAUUACGUACGGCGGCAUGGGCCAGCCUCUUCAAGACUAGGGUGUUGGGGAAAUGUAAAAAAAGAAAAUAAGAAAUACAAAAGAAGACUAGUUAGUGGGGCGACCUUGGGAUUGGAGUUGAAAUUUAUGCGUCCAUGAUACCUUGCUCAGUGGCUUGUCAGUUGCCGUCGCCUCUCCUUGUCCUGUAUGUCUGUGCGUGUGUGUGUGUUUGUAUGUGAGAAAGAGAGAGAGAGAGAGAACGUUAGAUCUUUCACUUGGAAGUAAACUUGGUUCUCGAAAACCUUGAUAUCAUCAUGAG